AUGGCCGAUCUGGUCGAAUCGUUGUUUGAAAUAGCUUUGGUUGAACUAGAUGAGUAUUUUGGUCGGACCUAGUUUCUUCUCAUCAAACACUGUAUCAUCAUGGCCACUGAAACGAACUCUCAAAAGGAGCAAAUUGCAUCACCUGAUGAUGGUGAAAUCAGUGCGCGAAAGGCGAACGGGCAGUUGAUAUGUGAAAAGGUGUAUCGUAACAGCGGCAACACACUUUGUGCAACAAGUGCUCCUCUUCCUGAGCAGGCUCAUUAUCGAGGAGUCUUGCCGUGA